AUGGAUCAUGAAUACGCUAGCUCAUAUUUGUACAGCGACUACUCGAUGAUGGUCAACCCGUUCUUAUUGAUUGUGGCGAUUUGGAGCUGGAUGAAAUGGCUAUCGGUGUCGACGCUCAUCAUCGGCGGCGCCUCCUACAUUGGCUAUUUGUUCACGCCGGACUGGCGCGAGAUUGUCGACGCGAAACACUAUUAUAGCAAUUGGAAGAUUCGCGUCUAUCUGUCGUUGCCGUUCAACACGGCGAGUCGCGUCAUCGGCGGCCUCGCGAAUCGCGAGAUACCGGUUUGGCUGCGCGAGCCGCUUCUCGGCACGUUCGCGAAAAUCUAUGACUGCAGACUCGAUGAGGUCGUCGAGCCCGAUCUGAAGGCCUACAAAUCGUUCGGCGCGUUCUUCAAUCGCAAAUUGCGCGAGACGGCGCGUCCGAUCAGCGCCUCGCCGCUCGUCUCGCCCGCCGACGGCACCGUUUUGCAUUUCGGCAAAGUCGAAGACAAUCGCAUCGAAUAUGUCAAAGGCCACGAUUAUGAUGUCGAAUCGUUCCUCGGCCACGUCGAUUUGCCGCAAAAGGAGGAACUCGAUCUCUACCAAGUCGUCAUCUAUCUUGCGCCCGGCGAUUAUCACGCGUUCCACUCGCCGGCGCGCUGGGUCGCCAAUCAAUGUCGUCAUGUCCCCGGACUAUUGCUAUCGGUUCGCCCGACGCUUCUCAGCCAUGUGCCGCACUUGUUCUGCCUCAACGAGCGUGUCGUGUUGAACGGCAAAUGGCGUCACGGCUUCUUCUCGAUGAGCGCCGUCGCCGCCACCAACGUCGGCGAUAUUGUUGUCGAUGCGGAGCCCUCUCUUCGCACGAACACGAUUCGAAGGAAGACUGAGAAGAUGAUGCAAACGGAAACCGAAAUUCAUGCGCCGUUUGUGCCGGGCGAUCGCGUCGGCGAGUUUCGCCUCGGUUCCACCAUCGUUCUAGUGUUCCAAGCGCCGCCAACAAUCAAAUUUGCAAUCAAAGCCGGCGAUCCUCUUCGCUAUGGACAGAGUCUCGUCGUUGACGGAAUUUAA